GACACGAAACACAACGUGCGCACGGCCAGGCAGUCCUUCACACUUGACGGCACAGCUCGGUGGAACUUUGGUGGCGUUCAGAGCUUCAUUCUUCUCAGCGAUCAAGCAUCCGGUUCUCUCUCUGUGUGGGACAUAACUGCGACUUCGUCAGCUGCAUUACGUGACGCUGUCACUAUAUGCGACGGUUUGAUGGUUGUAUUCUACCUGGUUUGGCUGGCACCGUUCCUAACCCUGGUUACCGCGCGCAUGUUUGGAUCGACUCGGUUAUAUUGUCGAUUAUGUGAGGACAUCUGUCAACUGAGCGGCCUACGCGAAGUCGCCAAUUGUGACAGAAUCUUCUUCAGUCUCUUCUCUUACCUCCUCUAUGUCCUCUGUGGACCAACGUUUAUGGGCUACCUACUGGACUACGAGUUCGGCGUGGUCUUUAGCUUCGGCAUAUUUGUCUGCAACACCUUUGUGCCGGAGAGUACAACCUACAUGGUCGAAAUUAUUCAGGUAGUUUACAAUCGCCAUUCGUUUUCGACCGAUGAUGCAGAAGUGUGUUUUGCGUUUCUCACCAAACACUCUGUCAAAAGAGGUGCGAUAAUUUGA